CUAUUGCUGCGACCGACGACCGAAACGUCCGACGUAAUAAAAUCCCUUACGCGCUGCAGGCAGCGCAGCCAGCCACAUGCUUCUCUUUUAUAUUUAUAAAUUGAGCCAGCCCUUAUGUGUUCAACUCUCCGUUAUAUACAUUUAUUUACAACAACAAAAGCAACAACAACAACCAGUCUCUGUGCGUGAGUGUGGUUGUGUGCGCGUCGUGUUUUUGUGAUGCCUUCGUCGAUAUUGAAAGUAUAUGUGUACAUGUGUACAUUAGGGCGGUCCUCGUUUCUUUAGAAAUUUUGACAUUGACAAAACUAAAGAUCCAUGUUUUUUGUUGAUAAUUUUAAGAUUUAAAAACAAAUCUAUAUAAAAAAAAAAAAACAUAGAACUAAAGCCAAAGACAAUAACUAGCAUAUGAAUAAUAAAAAAAAACUGGAAAAACUAAUGCUGAAUAAUGGAAUUCUUGUUUUGAAAUUAGAAACGCUAUCAUUUCACAAUAAGAGCUACCAAAUGUACCUUGGAAACCAAAAAAACAAUUAGAAAUGGGUUAAUUUUUAAGAACCGCUCGCACCCGGCAACAGCAAAAUGUUUUCCGCUCCUGAAAGGCCUCUCAGAACUCUUCGUUAUGUGGAAAAAGCUUUUGAUUUAAUCAAGGAACGAAAAAAUGUCCGUGAUAUAGUAAUUCUUAACGACGCGGGUAAUCCUGUAAAGAGUACCAUGGAUCGGGAUGACGCUGUACAGUUUUCAGGACUCUUUCAAGCAAUUCGUGGGAGACUAGAGCGAGGAAUGGCCAAAAUAGACCCCACAGACGAAUUGUUAAUGUUGAGGGUGAGGACAAAGACAAAUGAGGUCCUUUUGGUGCCUGAUUCGAAAAUAACGGUAUUAGUUCUUCAGGAUGCUCAGGAUAAUUUUGAAACAAUCUAAAUAAAAAAAAAAUAAAUAGCCCUUUUAAAUAAGAAUAA